AUUUGUGACGUAUGCGGAAGUAAACAAUAACAUUAAAAAUGGAAACUUGACAAUCGCAGAGGCCGGUGUUUGUUCGCUUUUCGGAUGUCUAACCUCGGAUGGUUGACGAGUGCACUAACUAAAAUAGACACAAGUAGGGCUGUUUCACAACAGUGGGACAAAACCAUGUUUACAAGGACAGCAGAAGACGAGUCCUCUGAUGUGGAGGAGAUGGAUACCUCGGAGAGCCGCUGGUGUUGGUUCUACCUGGCCGAGUGUGGCGUGUGGCAUAUUUUUGAGGUGGACCCCAGUGCUGCCUGCUCUGUGACCAGCGACCAAAUCGAACAGAAUUACGCGAGGAAUCAUCAGGGCAUCCUGGAAUUCCACACAGCCAAGUAUACCUACAGAUUAGAUUUCUCAGUAAUGAAACAGACUAAUCUAACUACUGGAAAGCAACGGCCAAUCAAACGAGCCCUCCAUUCAGCGACAAGUUUCAGAUUUAUCUGUGAUAACCUUGCUCUGCCCGUUCCCUCACACUGGGAAAGGAUCAAUACUGAGGAGCCUUUCCAGGUAAGUGACGCUCGUCUCGCUUUCUGUCCCCGGCAUUUUAAGGCAUUUAGUUCCAGCACCACACAGAAGUCCCUCUCAGUCUGUGCGCCUUGCCUUGAGCGCGUAAGUGGGAUUGUGCUGAUUAACGCGACUGUGAUUCUUGUCUUCCAGCUCAUCUCUCUGGGCAGAGACACUUAUGAGUACAAAGAGGUAGCAAGGUUGUUUGAGAGGACAAUGGGAGGAGCCCUCAUCAAGUUAAUUCACAGAAUACAGAACUUAGACCUGUGGGAGUUUUUUUGCCGGAAGAAGGCCCAGUUGAGGAAGAUCAAACGGACGGACGUGGAAGAGAAGAUGCUGUUCCACGGCACGGGCCACAGCAACGUCCCGGCCAUCUGCACCUACAACUUUGACUGGCGGUUGACCGGGAGCCAUGGCGACGUCUACGGCAAAGGAAGUUAUUUUGCGAGAGAUGCCAAGUACUCGAGUAAGUUCUGCCACUCCACUGGGAAACACAACUUCACUUUGCAGAAGCACGGCCUGGCCCCGCCCACAUUCCAGAGUGAGCCGUCCUUCAAGUCCAUGUUCCUGGCCCGGGUCCUGGUGGGGGAGUACACCCUGGGACACCCCCUGUUCAGCCGGCCCCCCUCCAAAGACACCACCAUCACAAACUUUUACGACAGCUGCGUGGAUGACAUUGUGAACCCCAAGAUCUUUGUGAUCUUUGACAGCAACCAGGUGUACCCGGAAUAUUUAAUUGAGUUCUUUUAACGGCGUCGAGACGGGCUUUGAGCGUACAGUUGUGCUUGCCCCCCCCCUCCAUACAGUAUUAUUUUCAUAUAAUAAUAAUAAGGACUCAAUGCACUCUUCUUAAAAACAGGGGUUCAGAGUACUGGAGGGUGUCGUGGAAAAUGUAAUUUCUCAAAACGCUCAAAAUGGACGUCGUCUAUUUACGUUGAUUUUUAUGAGAGAGGCGACAUGAAGGCGACUUUUGAAGAGAAACGCACAAACGGGCAUUGCUCUUCUUUCUUUUCUGUCGUCACCUUACGGACGUCCCACAGUGCCUUUGGAAAGGGGGGGGGGGGGAAACAGAGUGGCUGGAGAUUCUUUGGAUUUCAGCUCUGAAAGUGUGUGUUCUCACAAUGCAGUCAGUGGACACACACACACAAUGAGGACCAGAUUUGUGCCAUAACAGGUUGCACUUUACACUGUAUAGCUACUUUUUAAAUUCUUGUUUGUUGUUUUUCUUCUUCUUGUGUGCUUAGAUCUUUCUGUGAUUUCAUUUGCUCCUCUGUCUGUAUAUAGUAUCUCUUGUUUGUCAUCUGUGCUCUCACAGGAAUGAAAUCAGUGUUAUUCUCUGUCUCUAAAUGUUUAGUGACAGGAGAUCCUCCCCGCUAAUGUGAAACUCAUGGGUUGGGACGGAGUCCGCUGUGGUCCGCAGGAGUUAUCUCUCAAGCGUCGUCUGUUGUCAAGUCGUCUUAAGGAUGCGGUUACGUACCUGUGAUUUGUCAUAAGAUGCAGUUACGCUUCUGUGAUUUUUGUCCUAAGUUGUGGUUGCGUUCCCGUGAUUUUGUCUGAAGACGAGGUUAUGUCGCUGUGACGAUAACGUGCUGAUCCCAGGAGCGUGUGCCUUGGGGCAACUAAAACAGUAAGGAGAUAUCCUUUUGGUCGGUCAAUAGCGGUGGUUAAUCAAAAGAAUCUACCUCAUUGAGUCUAUUCUUUAGAAACCCAAACGUAAGGAUAUAAUGGCAGUUAAAGACCCACAUUGUUUCCCUUCUGUCCACUGGUGUUUCUUAGACCUUUUUACUCUCAAUGAGAGGAUGUUGAGAAGGUCUGAAUGUGGUCAGCUCCCUAGAAAAGCAGUAUCGUAUAACGGAAUGCCCAGUUUUAGUGUGCAGUACAGAGCUAGUCCCAUUUUUAAGCGAUCUGUAGUUAAGUGCAUGAUGUCACAGCAGUCCAGGCCGUGGGCAGUUGGCAGUCAUUGGCUGUAUUGACGUACUCAAAGCUAUUCUGUGUGGCUUGACACUAGUGGCUCUGCUGUGUGGACGUUAUAUUAUUGGUGCAAUGUGUUGACAGUCAUUUAAUCCUUUUCGUACAACCUGAAUGGGUUUCCACUGGUGUGAAUAAUACAUCAUUCACAUUAAAUAUAAGUAAUAAAAAAAUGUAUCUAUGUUAUUUAAAGAAUUUGGUUCAUUGGAAUGCGUUUUUUUACUGUAAUUGUACUGUAUAUAUGUGAGUAUGUUUCUUUUGGUUUUUUUUAAGUAUUAAUGAAAGGUUUAUUUUAAAACAGGGCAUUGAAUGAUGAUGGGUGCACAGGAUUCUCUUCCACAGAAAGUGAAAGAAAGAGGUGAGAGAGGAAAGGAAAAAAGAAAAGAGAGAAUUUGUCUCAAGAAGGAAAUGUAACGUGAUGCCGACAAUGUCGUCAAUAAAUGAACUGUUCUCCUCCUCCAAAUCUGACAUUGCCAGUUGAGUCCCGGAGUUAGACCCGCAUGUCCUCUGCUCUGCCGCACAAGCCAGUGACUCUUCCGCAUCGCGCUGACCCCGCUGCAUGCCCGCCAGGCGACGGCUGGUAUCCCGCGGACGUCUUAAAUGCCCCCUGCCCCGGGUGAGGCGAUAGCGAACACGGCUGAGAACAUAUCGAGGAGGUUGAACAUGGUUAUCAUUGUUUUAGCUGUCCUCUGCCCUGCCUAAUCUUCUGAAGUGUCUGGAUUCGUUUAUAUUCAUUUUGCCACGCAAGGGGUAGGACAGUUCUAGAAAUAUAUUUCAAGUGGAUUUAGAAUCAUUUUAGUUGUUGUUUGUACAGUGUUAUACAUAUUUUGUCCAAUUUCGUUUUAUGUUUAUAGGAACACCAUGAAUACCAUGUGAAUGAACUUAAUCCCAGAUCAGACUUGGAUCUCCAAAUCAUUUACCAUCUUUUCAUGUGCACCUGGUUUGGAUUAUUAAAGAGCUGUGUUUUCUUGGUGAA